AUGUCAAACCCCCAGAAGGAAACCUCCCUCUCAGACCCCCUAAGCACUCCCUACACAGUCCUCAUAAUUUUCAUAGUUCUCCUCAUCCCCUCAAUCAUCAUAACUUUAAUUCUGUGUCGGAAACGUAUACGUAAAGCUUUACGGCGUCGUAGACAUGCGAAGUAUGUCGCGCGGCGGAAAGAGAGGCGAGAGGAGUAUGCUCUUAGAGAUACGCGGGAGGAGGAGCGGAGGCAUCAGUUAGAGGAGUUUCUGGAUAGUACUUCUGUUAGAAGGCUUUCUACUGAGGGGGGAUUGCGGGGUUGGUCUAUUUCUCUUCCUGCGCCGGCUUUGGUUAGGGAGGAGGGGGUUUGA